CCCCCCCUCUCUCUCUCUUUCCCUUGAUCGAGCUCGAGUUCUCUUUGAAUCUCUUCGUCUUCUUCUUCUUUGUAAUAGACGAUGAUGCUUCGCUUCAGUUCUUCGAUCUUCUUGCUUCUAUUAGCCAUUGUUAAUGUGGGUUUCGCAGCCAAGAUUAAGGAUGGCUUGUUGCCGAAUGGCAACUUUGAGUUAGGCCCAAAGAAAUCUGAGCUAAAAGGCACAGAGGUGAUAGGACGGCACGCCAUACCAGAAUGGGAAAUCACUGGCUUUGUGGAAUACAUCGAGUCCGGACACAAGCAGGGUGACAUGCUACUGGUUGUACCAGAAGGGUACUACGCCAUUCGACUGGGCAACGAAGCCUCUAUCAAACAGAGGUUGAAUGUGACCAAGGGAAUGUACUACUCCAUCACCUUCAGUGCCGCCCGAACAUGUGCUCAGGAGGAACAGCUUAACGUGUCGGUCACUCCUGACUUCGGUGUACUUCCAAUGCAGACCAUGUAUAGCAGCGAUGGCUGGGACAUCUAUGCUUGGGCUUUCCAAGCAGAAUUCGAGCUAGUAGAUUUGGUGAUCCACAACACCGGCCAAGAGGAGGACCCUGCCUGUGGUCCUCUUAUCGACUCUGUUGCCAUUAGGAUACUCUAUCCUCCCAAAAUGACCAGCCAAAACCUGAUGAAGAAUGGAGACUUCGAGGAGGGGCCAUACUUCUUGCCUAACACUAGUUCAGGUGUUCUAAUUCCUCCCAACAUUGAGGAUGAUCACUCUCCCCUCCCUGGUUGGAUGGUAGAAUCUCUCAAAGCAGUCAAAUACAUCGAUUCCGAUCAUUUCUUCGUCCCUCAAGGCAAGCGGGCAAUCGAAAUCGUUGCAGGAAAAGAGAGUGCUCUUGCCCAAACAGUUCGUACCAUCCCUGGAAAAACAUACACUCUCACAUUCUCCGUUGGAGAUGCUGGCAAUGCCUGUGCUGGCUCAAUGAUUGUAGAGGCUUUCGCAUCUCGUAGCACGGUAAAAAUUCCAUAUGAAUCAAAAGGCACAGGUGGCUACAAGCGUGCUGUGCUCAAGUUCACUGCAGAGGCUGCUCGCACCCGCAUUGUUUUCUUUAGCACUUUCUAUCACACUAAGACUGAUGGUUCACUCUGCGGGCCAGUGAUCGACGAUGUGAAGUUGCUCAGUGUGCGCAACCCGCUGCGCCUGUGAUUUCAUUUGGUCAGUCACUGCAUGUGUGCAUGAUGCGUGUGCACAAGAGAAGAAGAGUCAAUGUUUGCAAGAGAAUCAAUUAUGCAGGCUUUAUACAAAUCAAUAGUAAUUUAUGUGUGCGAGAAUGUGUAAUUCUAAUUAACGUUGUGAGAUGUUGAUGUACUUCUCAUGUAUGAGAGUAGUAGAUGGUCUUGUGUUAUGGUCACAGCUUCCUCUGCUGUGCUUUUACCACUGUUUCCACAUGAAGGUCAUAUAUAUAUAUCCAAUAUCUAUUUUUUUA